AUGGCGGACCUCAACCUCCAAGAAAUCCACGACACCCUCCUCGAGAUCGCGACCGAGGCAGGCAAGAUGAUCAUGUCCGCGAACCCGGCCUCCAUCGACCAAGACACCAAGCUCAACUCCGUCGACAUCGUAACCGAAACAGACCAAGCCGUUGAAAAAAUGGUCUCCACCCGCCUCUCCCAAGCCUACCCCUCCAUCGCCUUCAUGGGCGAAGAAACCUACACAAAGGGAACCCGCCUCGGCCCGGAACCGACCUUUGUCGUCGACCCCAUCGACGGCACCACAAACUUUGUCCACUCCUUCCCGGACGCCUGCAUCUCCCUCGGCCUAGCUGUGAACCACGUCCCCGUCGUCGGCGUCAUCUACAACCCCUUCCAGGAUCUGCUCUUCACGGGUAUCCAGGGAAAAGGGAGCUACAUGCGCCGUGGCGCCGGUCCCACACAGAAACUCCCCCUCGCGAAGAACCCUAUCCCCUUGAAGGGACUCGACUCCGCGCUGUUGGCGUGUGAGUGGGGAUCCACGCGCGACGGGCCCAACUUUGACCUCAAGGCUGAGACUUUCAAGAAGUUGGCUGCGACAAAGGAGACGGGCGGCGCGAUGGUGCAUAGUAUGCGCGCCCUGGGCUCCGCGGCGCUGAAUCUUGCGGCUGUGGCGGCGGGACAGCUGGAUGCGUAUUGGGAGGGCGGGUGCUGGGCGUGGGAUGUGUGUGCUGGGUGGUGUAUCUUGACCGAGGCGGGCGGGAUCAUGGCCGGUGGGAACCCGGGGGUGUGGGAGCCUGCUGUUGAUGAGAGGGUAUAUCUUGCUGUGAGGGGGGCUCCGGGGGGACAGAAGGAGCUUGUGGAGGAGUUUUGGGGGGUGUUGGGAGGGAAGGCGUUGGAUUAUUCUGUUUGA